AUGGAAUAUAAUUUUAUUAGUAGAAGUACUCUUAAUAAGAUUCUUAAAAAUUAUGUUUCUAAUCUUCCUGAAUUAAAACAUAAAAAAGCUUUAAUUAACCCAUAUAAAAAGACUUCUUAUGAACAUGUUUAUGAGAGUAAACUUUGCAAAAAUUAUAUAUUAGUUAAUGAUUUGUUUGAAAGAAAUAUUUGUGAUGAAGAAGAAAUUUUGAGUACUAUUGAUAUUCAGAGUGAUUCAAUUAUGAAUUUGGAUAAUAAUAUAAAUGAUAAG